AUCAACUAAUCAACAUGUCAUUACUCAGAUAUCUCGUGAGCUUCUGGUAAACUGGAAUUCUCUUGGAAACUAACAUUUCUCUCUCUUUUCUGUAUAGUUCAUUUCAUUGAGGUGCUGAAAGCCUGAAACCACAUCACAUACCUUCUAUCUCAACAAGUUAUCAACUGAUCGAUCAAUGGCAUCUUCAUCAUCAUCUUCUCCAUUGCCUCCAGCCCUUUCCUCUCAAUCAUGGAAUCAUGACGUUUUCCUUAGCUUUAGAGGAAAAGAUACUCGGAAGACUUUUGUCGAUCACCUCUAUAAAGCUCUUGUACAACAAGGAAUUGACACUUACAAGGACGAAAAAACGCUUCGUCAGGGUGAAUCGAUCCGUCCAUCCCUUGUGAAGGCUAUUGAGGAAUCACAUAUUGGCAUCAUCAUAUUCUCUAAAAACUAUGCAGAUUCAACCUGGUGCUUGGAUGAACUAACACAUAUUAUGAAAUGCAAGGACAUGACAGGGCAAAUUGUGAUCCCCAUAUUUUAUGAUGUGGAUCCGUCUGAAGUGCGAAUACAAAAACGGAAAUACGGAGAGGCAUUUGCCAAACAUGAGCUGAGGAACAAAAAAAAUGUUGAAUCUUGGAGAAAAGCACUUGUAGAUGCAAGUAACCUCUCUGGAUGGGUUCCCAAGAACAUUGCCAACGGGUAUGAAUCAAUGGCUAUCAAAGAAAUUGUUGACAAUAUUUCAUCGAGGUUGCAGCUAGUAACUUCAAGUGCAAAUGAGAAGCUGAUCGGAAUAGCGGCUCGCAUGCAACGUUUAAAAUCAGCGUUACAAAUUGGGUUGGGUGGUGUGAACAUGAUUGGAAUAUGGGGGGUUGGAGGUGGUGGUAAGACUACUCUUGCAUCUUCUAUAUAUGAUGAAAUCUAUAGAAACUUUGAUGGUUGCUGCUUUGUUGCAAAUAUUCGAGAGGAAUCAAGCAGGCAUGGUUUGGAAAAAUUGCAGAAACAAAUUCUUAAAAAGAUGGAAGGGAAGAGCAUUGGGGGAGGAAGAAGCUUGAUAGAUAAGAGGUUUCGUAAUAGAAAGGUCUUGAUUGUUCUUGAUGAUGUCAAUCACCUUGACCAACUAGAAGCGUUAGCUGGAUCGCCUGAUUGGUUCGGUGAAGGAAGUCGAAUAAUAAUCACAACCAGAGAUGAGCAUUUAUUAAAAGCUCAUGAAGUUGUGGUACAUGAUAUUAGCUUGUUAAAUGCUGAUGAUGCUAUUCAGCUCUUUCACAAGUAUGCAUUCCGGGGUUACAUGCCUAUGGAAGAUUAUGAGCAACUUUCAAAAGAGGUGGUCUCUUAUGCCGGUGGGCUUCCAUUGGCACUUACAAUUCUUGGAUCUUCUCUCUGUGACAAAAACAUUGAUCAGUGGAGGAGUGCAUUAGCCAGACUAAAAAAGAUCCCAGAUAAUAAGAUUUUGGAAAAGCUAAAAAUCAGCUUUGAUGGACUUACAAAGGUUCAGAAAGACUUGUUUCUUGAUAUUGCAUGUUUUUUUCCGGGGUGGAAGAAAGAUAGGGCAAUGGAGAUACUUGAUGCUUGUGGUUUUCAUCCUGUUAUAGGAGUAGAGGAGUUGAGACAAAAGGCUCUCAUAACUAUCUCGAAUGGAAGGUUCGAUAUGCAUGAUCUGUUGCAAGAAAUGGGACACUACAUUGUUAGAGGGGAACACCCUAGGAAUCCCGAAAAACAUAGUAGAGUUUGGAAGAAGGAAGAUGUUCUAACAAUAUGUGCUAUGGAUGCAACCAUGGAACUUGACAUGAUUGAAGCAAUAAAAGUUGAUUAUAGUAGCUUUCGAGAGGCAAAACCUCCUCCUAUUCUUGCAAACAUGAGGAACCUUCGUUAUAUUCAAUGGAAAGGUGAUCCUGCAAAUCCGUCGGUUAAUAACUUUCCACCAAGGACUCUUUGUUGUCUGGUAUUAGAAUAUGCCAUCAAAGACCAACUUUGGAAUGGUUAUAAGUGUCUGCCAAAUUUGAAGAUGAUUAAACUUUGGCAAUUGAAAACCUGGUCAUAA